AUGUCAUCGUUGUCGACUAGGUUUUGGAUCGAGGCAGCUCGCGAAGAAAUUCAAGACUGGGAAAAUGAAUGUAGUUACUGCAAACGCGCUAAAAGCAAAUCAGCAAUACAGAUAAUGGCACCAUUACCAGACAUUCGUUUGGACAUGCCAAUGAGAGCUUUCGCGCACACAGCUGUGGAUUAUGCGGGGCCAUAUAUCACGAUACAGGGUUGUGGUAAACGUCGUGAGAAAAGAUACUUGUGUCUAUUCACAUGUUUGACGAGUAGGGCAGUACAUUUAGAAAUGGCGUAUGGACUAGACACAAGUUCAUUCUUAAAUGCAUUCUAUCGUUUCACGAGUCGGCGAGGUGUAACAGUGAAGAUGAAUUCGGACAAUGGGACAAAUUUUGUAGGAAUUAAAGGAACUUUUGAAGAAACUAGAUACUGA